AUGCCCGGAAUCCUGCCUAUGAAAGUAAUCAAAGUCGGCUCAAGCUGCCAGAGCCGCAUCGCUCAAGCAUGCGAUCGCUGCCGCUCCAAGAAGAUACGCUGCGACGGCAUCCGCCCCAGCUGCACGCAAUGCACAAACGUCGGCUUCGAGUGCAAGACCAGCGACAAGCUCAGCCGCCGCGCCUUCCCCAGGGGAUACACAGAGUCGUUGGAGGAGCGUGUCCGCGUCUUGGAGGCCGAGGUCCGGGAACUCAAGGAACUGCUCGACGAAAAGGACGAAAAGAUUGACAUGCUGUCGCGCAUCCACUCAAAUUCACCCGCAUCGCAAUCUUCUGCAAGACGCUCAUCGCCCCUCUCUCCGGCGGCUCCCCAAGUCCGCGACGAGUCACAGGAAAAGGACGAAACAUUCAAGGUGCAGCAGGCACCGCAUUUACUAGACGACCCAACCCAUGGCUCGUACUUUGCAGGCAACUCGGCUGGACGAACGCUGGUUGAGGCAUUCAAGCAAAAGGCGCAAGAAGCAGGCAGACUUUCCACCGACAUUGAUUCGGGUGUCUUUUUUGGCACAGGCGCAAAGCCCGCUACAACGCAUCCUAAGAAUACAUCAUUCAAGGCCCCACCCCGCCUGGUCUCGGAUCAGAUGAUCAACAUCUUUUUCCAAGAGUGGGCGCCCUUGUUCCCAAUCCUUCACCGCCCAGCAUUCCUAUCGCUGUACGAGCAGUAUGUUGUCGAUCCAGACUCUUUGACCGAGAAAAAGGCAAUUGCACAGCUCAACUUGGUCUUUGGAAUUGCCGCGCUUUCAAGUGACCCUCGCGAUGGCCGAGAUGUGGAUGCUUUUGAAGCGCAGUGGCAGCGCGCGAUAGAGGGCUUUUUGAUGGACAAUGACAUUAUGACUCUCCAGUGUCUGGUCCUUGCUCAGAUCUUCUGCCUGCUGAGAGCCGAUUACUCUCGGCUACUCAAGUACAAAGGCUUGGCCGUCGGCUUGUCACAACGGCUUGGCCUGCACCAGUCUCAGAAACGCUUCGCACUUGACGCAUUGACAUGUGAAACACGGAAGAAAGCCUUUUGGACAUUCUACACCGUUGACUGUCUCUCUGCUGCACACCUUGGUCUUCCGAAGUUGGUCCGAGAGGAGGAUGUACACUGCGAGUAUCCGGUAGAUGCCGAUGACGAAUACGUGACUGAAAAGGGCUUCCUUCCGACCUUGCCCGGCGAAUACACCAAACUAUCCAGUGCGCUAGCUCUCUUCUGCCUAUCGCGUAUUCUGGCAAAGGUCCUUGGGGACCUCUAUCCCGAGUCAGCGUCACAUGAGAUCUCCUUCCGCACCAUCGCGUCGCUGGCCGACGAGCUGGAAGACUGGCAAACCAACCUUGCCCCGCACCUCAAGCUCACGUUUGUAAACGACAAACCGAGCACCAACGUCACGGGCAGCCGCUCACCUCUGUUGUCACUUGCCUAUCAUCAUAUCAGGGCACUGGUCUACCGUCCAGCUGUCGUCGCCAACCUGGGUGACAAGGCCUCUUCAGCCGUGGUAGCGGUCGGAGAUGCCUGCAAACACAUUGUGCAGAUUGUCGAGCUUCUCGAUGAGCGCAAACUCAGCUUCUCCUUCUGCAUCAACCGCAAUGAGGUCCUUGUGCAAGCCGGCUUUGGCCUGCUCUUCCAGGCCUUGAAUCUUGCCCGUGAAGGCAAGCUCAUGAAGGAUAGCAAUCGCCUCGUCUGCUCCGUCAUGGACAUGCUCGAGCGCGGAAACGCUGCUGGCUACGCCGAGUUCCGCCGGAUAGGCUGUGGCAUUGUGGCUGUACCAUGCGUAGAGCAGAUGCCAGCGCCGCCCCUUUCGCGACAUAACUCGGAGCAAAGUAUGAGCGCGCCUUUGGACACUUUCCGUGCCACGCAAAAGUCGCUCAAGGCUUUGGCAGCACGCCUCUCCCCGAGCUCCAUGAAGGGUACUCGCACAGAUGCUCACGAGUCGCGCCGUGCAACGGUUCCUGCCAUUUCGCCCAAUGUAGGCGCUCACGCCAACCACUCGUCGACGAGUCUGUCGUCUAUUCGGUCGGAACCCCCGGUCGCUCGCUCAGAGCCAACCUUGAGCCCGCUAUCUCACCGCGCAUCCUUUUCCAUGCCAAAGCGCCGUCCCAGCCAGUCUACCAACCAGCAGCAACAGCAACGCAACAUCGACUACAUGUCUUUCCCAAUUGAUUCAUUGGCCAAUUUCGCACUCCCAAACUAUGCCCAGGCUGUCAAGUCUGAAGUCUCAACGUCUGACUGGGAGCAUCUUCUCUCGUCACUCGACAAUGGUCAAAGAAACAUUUAUGACACCAUCUAUGGUGGCCCACCAGCCGAUGCUCUCCUUGACGUUGCACCCUUGUCUGCCAGUGCCGACAGCAGUGCGACCUGGUCUCCCAAUGUCUGGAACUGGAGCAGCUAUGCCUCGGAAGCCCCGCCGCCUCAAAGCGUCCUCAGCUUUAGCGACGAGAGCCUGACCAGCGGCGAAGAGCUCAACAACUCUGCUUGUGACUAUGGGUCUACGCCUGGCAGCGAUCGAUUGUACCCUGGUAUCAUGAUCCCGGGUGAUUAUGAAAACUCGACCAAUCUAGCUGGAUUCGACACUACCUACUGUCCGUUGUAGGUGACGGGUUGUGAUGACGUUACGACAUUAUGAUGCGUUUUAUACUGGACAGAGGUCACUGCAGUGUGGAAAGUGUGCAGUCUAAUUUGGCCUUUUGUGGCUCUUUUUUUUGUGUGUUGUUUGAGAUACCACGCUCUCUGACGGAG